AUGUCGGAUAUGUCUGAGCACCGGAUCUGGAAGCAGGCUCGGAGAGGGACCAAAAGUUGUACCGAGUGCAGACGCCGUAAAAUUCGCUGCAUUAGGAGCGCUGAAGAUGCACAGACUUGUCGAAGCUGUGAAGACCGGGGUGCAGUGUGUGUUGCGCAGAUAUACAGUUCUCGGCCCGUUCGGGCGCAAAGAUUGCCUUCGCGACAUCGAAUUUCGCAGCUGGAAUCUCAGGUUGCCAGUCUAAGCAAAGCCAUACGUGAUAUUCAGUCGAAGCUGGGGUAUCAGGCGACGGACGUCCUGGGACCAACUGUGGCUCAGCCCGAGUCAAUUCCUGGAACUGAUGACUCGGAUGACGAUGAUUCGACCGUCUCGGGUGUCCUCGCCACAGAGCAACCAUCGCAACUCCGUUCCCUGUUCCAAAACGAUUUGCUCUGUGUGGAACCUCGUCAGCAAAAUGAACCGCUACGGGACCGCAAGGCCAAAGCGUCAGCACGUCUACUGGACACGGCGAGACAGGCGCUCCAGAAGUUGAUUCUGCCCAAGGACGAAGUUUCGGACCUGGUCAGAUCUGCGACCACGUGGCUUGACCUGGCCCAUGCCCUUCUUCCACGGCCCUUUGCGGUCAAAUCUCAGCAGGAACUCCUUGACGCCUACGACAACAUCAUCAAGCCCGAUGUCGAUGUCAUCAGUUUAGCUUCAUGGUUGCUUGACGUUGCCGUCACGGCGCAACAAGUCCCGCAGGACCACCACAGCCCGGUAACCAGGCUCAAAAGAUUCCAGAGUACUUCAGUCUUCACCCAAGCGGUAUCUGACACGGUGGAGAAAACAAUCCUAAAUCAUGAUCGUCUCAUCAGUACCGUUCAAGGGCUUGGGACCGCCGUGCACUUCCUUCGACUUCAAAUAAGCCAAGGGAACUUUCAGAAAUCGUGGCUUCGAUUGCGACAUUUCAUAGCGGUUGCAGAGCUCAUAGGGCUUCCCAAGAUCUCUCAAUCCAGUCAACCCAACAAGGCUCCCGGAGCAGCCGACGAUGAGACGCAACUCCACAAGGUUCAGCUGUGGGAAUUUAUAUGUUCGGCGGACAGACUUCUGGGAAUGAUGAUCAAUCUCCCGUCAGGUGCCAGACGACUCCAACCAUCACACGCUCAAGCAUUAUUGACGGCCAACGGUACGGUUGAGCCUCGCGUAUAUCUAACACGAUUGACGGAUAUCGCCACCAAGGUCCAGGAUUUGGACGAUAAGAUGAGCACGACAACACCAGAAUCUGGCUACGGGGAACUUUACGCAUCUUCGUUGGAUCUCGAUCGAGAGCUCCGAGUGUUGGCGUCUCAGGCCCCAAAUUCGUGGUGGCAUCAAGACGUGGAGCAGGUCCGCCCUGAUCAUAUAGUGCAGAACUUGCAUUACUAUAUCAUGAUGAGGGUACAUUGGCCAUUUACCGUGCGACCCAAUCCGGGCGGUGAAGAGUAUACUUACAGCCGGCUGGCCUGUAUGGACGCGUGCGAAGCAGUGGCGCGUCGCUAUCAAUUUCUUCGUCGACUUCUGCCUUCAGGCUUCUUUCUCUGCCGAAUCUUGGACCUACAGGCGUUUACCGCGAUGGUGAUUCUCCUUCUCACGUCUCACAGCUGGCCUCCCAUGAAUCGCUUGGACUUGCAGACUAACAAAGCGAGGAUCGAUGGCGUGGUUACGCAAGUCAUCACGCUCAUGGACGAAAAGUCUCAUGACUCAACGGGCUCUAGCUUUACCCAGCAUGCCGUUUUCACCAUUCGUUCUCUGAUGACAUUACUUCAGCAGGAUGGCGAUACCUCGAAUUUAUGCCAAAUGAGGCUGAAAGUCCCGCUCCUGGGAGAAGUUCACAUUCGCCGCAAUGCAUGUCUGUCGCAGCCGCCACAAUCCAAGGAUUGGCAGUCAUUCCCGAUUCCGUCGGGAUCAGCCCAGUGGAGGAUGAAUGAGCCGUUGGCGACCCCUCAAAACUAUGGGAGUAGACCUCUCAAUCCAGAUAUUCUUUCGGGCUCCGCCACGCAGUCACAAGCAGAGUGUCACUGGAAUCCUCUUUCCUGGUCCAUCGAGGAUAACCAUGACAACUUCUUCCAGGAUCCUCUCAUGGCCGAGAGCUUCGAUCAGUGUGACAUGUGGCAGCCCGAUUAUAACAACUUUUGGUUUCAAUAG